CCGGGGCUCUGUUGAUAUUGGCGGGAGCUGGGCGGGUGGCGCGUCUGGUGUUCUCCGCUGUUCGGCCCGGGCUGCAGGUGGUCGAGGGCACCGCGGUGGAGUUCCGCUGCCUGUCAUCACGAUGCGGGUGGCUGUGGCCGGCUGCUGCCAUGGCGAGCUGGACAAGAUCUACGAGACCCUGGCGCUGGCGGAGCGGCGCGGCCCGGGACCGGUGGAUCUCCUCCUGUGCUGCGGCGACUUCCAGGCGGUGCGCAACGAGGCCGACCUGCGCUGCAUGGCGGUGCCGCCCAAGUACCGCCACAUGCAGACCUUCUACAGAUAUUACUCUGGAGAGAAAAAGGCCCCAGUUCUCACAAUCUUCAUUGGAGGAAACCACGAAGCCUCAAACCAUUUGCAAGAAUUACCCUAUGGUGGCUGGGUAGCACCAAAUAUUUACUAUUUAGGUUUAGCUGGCGUUGUAAAAUACCGAGGUGUAAGGAUUGGUGGGAUCUCUGGCAUCUUCAAAUCUCAUGACUAUCGAAAAGGUCAUUUUGAGUGCCCCCCUUACAAUUCAUCUACCGUAAGGAGUAUAUAUCAUGUGAGAAACAUAGAGGUCUACAAAUUAAAACAGUUAAAGCAGCCUAUAGAUAUAUUCUUAUCUCACGAUUGGCCAAGAAGUAUAUAUCAUUAUGGAAAUAAGAAGCAGCUUCUUAAGACCAAAUCUUUUUUCCGCCAAGAAGUGGAGAAUAACACGUUAGGGAGUCCUGCUGCCUCGGAGCUGCUGGAGUACCUGAAGCCCACGUACUGGUUUUCUGCACACCUGCAUGUAAAAUUUGCCGCCUUGAUGCAGCAUCAGGCCACAGAUAAAGAACAAACAGGCAAAGCAACUAAGUUUUUAGCUUUGGACAAGUGCUUACCACACAGAGACUUUCUUCAGGUGUUGGAAAUAGAGCAUGACCCCAGUGCUCCCGACUACCUGGAGUAUGACGUUGAAUGGCUUACUGUUCUCAGGGCCACUGACGACCUCACUAAUGUGACCGGGGGCCUGUGGAAUAUGCCAGAAGACAAUGGUCUGCACACAAGAUGGGAUUAUAGUGCCACCGAAGAAGCUAUGAAGGAAGUGAUGGAAAAAUUGAACCAUGACCCAAAAGUCCCCUGUAACUUCAGUGUGACAGCUUCUUGUUAUGAUCCUAGUAAGCCGCAGGCGCAGGUGCAGCUGCUUCACAGGAUCAGUCCACAGACGACAGAGUUUUGUGCCCAGCUUGGCAUCACAGACAUUAACGUCCUGCUGCAGAAGGCCAAGGAAGAUCAUCUGUGUGGUGAACAUGAGCAGCAGGGUGAUCUGGGGACUGACGAUUCUGGAGAAGACCGGAGUGAGUACAACACAGACACAUCUGCCCUGUCCUCCAUUAAUCCAGAUGAAAUAAUGUUGGAUGAAGAAGAGGACGACGAAGAAGCAGUAAGUGCUCAGAGUGACGUGAACACGCGUUCUGUAGAACCUUCUUCUGACCAAGUCUCUGACUUCUCUACAAGCUUCUCGGAUAUCAGGAACUUGCCAGGCUCCAUGUUUGUGUCUUCUGAUGAUGCAUCCCAUUCUCCCGCUAGUGGGGAGGGGAGACCUGGUGACACCCCGGAGUCUGGGGACGAAAAGGACUUGGCUGAGUUUCCACUGAAGAGGCUGAGCAAUGAACAUGAACCUGAACAGAGAAAAAAAAUUAAGAGGAGGAAUCAAGCCAUCUACGCUGCAGCAGAUGAUGAGGAUGAGGAUGAGUAGGAUGGAGCACUUGUCACAGGGCUGUAGGAUGUGAUUGAUUUCAAGACCCUGUUUUUAGGGUUAGAUUUAUGAAUGGACUUUGUAAUAAUGAAAUGAUGGAAUUUUGGUUAUAUAUCAGCUUUGUUUUUAGGUGUGUUUAUAUUUUUCAGAUAUAAACUUAUUAAAAUU